UAUUGUCGGAAUUUCUCCGUUGGGAUUACAGGGAGCACAAGGAAGUCUGAUGGCCCGUUACAGUGACACAGCCGUGGACUAUAUCAUCCAACCGGGAAUAUCGUUGAAAACCCGCCCACAUUACGCUCAACAGUCAGCGAAGAACCCAGUAAAAGUUCCGCAAUGGACGCCGGCAACCGCGCCCUACCACCCCGCUCCUGGAUCCGGUGACGGACCCGCACCGUGGCGCGGCCAGCACGUCUACACUCCGAAGAGCAGCUGCAACUAUUGCAUCCAGCCAACGCCUACCAGCGGUGCCACAGCUGCAGCGCCAUCAGCCUGCCAGGCCAGCACUUUUUGGCGCAAGAUCACUGAAACCGUGACAACCUGCGCCGGCAUGGUCUGCGCACCAACCUGCCUGAGCUUGUCCACGGCGUUGCCGCUGACCGUCGUGGAUGCCAUGUGCGUUCGAACAUUACAGACGACCUACACAACAAAGCUGGAUGGUGAGAAUCCCCAGCCUUCGUCGGUGCCGGAUUCGGGGAAUGGUCACACUGACCGGCGCCGCCGAGCCCUGACGACGACGCGAUCCCCGCCAGAACGGCCGGGCCAGUUGUUUGCCGGGGAUGUUGUCGUUGCUCGGCGUCCCAGAGACCUGACGGUAGAAUCGUCGGUGGCCACAUCGGAAAACGAUGAUCAGAAAGGCACCAGCGCUGUCGCCGUAAAAGAGGCAGAACGAGCAUUCUCGCUUCCCGCGCCACAACCUAUUGACCUGCGGGAUGCCGAGGAUGUAAUCCUUCACCGACAUCGUAGAGAUGUGACGACGGUGGUGAGCUCGUCAGUGGCAACAUCAGCCUGCAGAAAUAUUGGCAUCCAGACGCCCGCAUUGGGCGGCGGUGUGACGCUGUCGUCGGAUGGCAAUCCCUGCUACAGCAUCACCAUAACCCCCACCGUGCAGCAGAGCGACACCUGCACUCUGGACGUGCACGUGACCUCCUAUGGCCCGUGUGUUGGAACUUCGGAAAACGGCAUUCCCACUGUUAACACUGAUCUUUCGGUGGCGACACUGGAUCCGAUUACAUCCAGCGGGACAAUUUGCACGUUCUAAUGACGACUCUACAGCGGAUAACUUUACUGUACUUGGCUCGACAUAAUCCUGUUUGAUAGUUUUGGAUGAUUCUUAUCGUAAAUUCGUGUUCGCCGGAUACUCACGAGAUCUGUGGCGCGGAAUCGUGCACUAUGCUACUGCGGUUUAAAUGUUUAAAGCGUUUUGUAGGAACUGUAUUACUCGUAUUAGCAGCAGCGAUACCCGUAUUGAAUUGGAUAGAUGUUUGCUUCAGAUACACAUUAAAGUUUUGAUCGUUUUGGUGGUGUCUCGUGAACCCCUUUUGUCAUAUGUA